AUGCCAUAUCUACUUGUCACCUUUUGCUGCGCUUUUGCAGCAUUGGGCUCAUUUCUGUUUGGUUAUGACUCCGGUGUAAUUUCGUCGAGUAUCGAACAGAAUGCUUUCUUAGGCUAUUUUGGGUCACCAGAUCUAUCAGAUGCUGCCAGUGGCGGUAUCAUCUCGGCCUACACAGGAGGUGCGAUUGUUGGAUCUCUCCUUGCACCCUACAUCUCAGAUCUUCGAGGUCGCCGGAUGGUUAUCUUCAUCGGAGGCCUGCUAGCCACCCUCGGAGCUGGGCUUCAGGGAGGGGCGAUGACCGUAGCAAUGCUCAUUGCCGGUCGUUUCAUCGCAGGCUUGGCGGUAGGACUGAUGUCGGCGACCAUUCCUGUCUACUGUAGUGAGGUUGCACCUCCACGAAUCCGAGGCCUCCUGGCAAGUAUGCAGCAAUGGAUGGUUGGACUCGGCAUCAUGGUGGCUCAAUGGGUCGGAUACGGAUGCUCUUUACGCAGCGGGAAUUUCUCCUGGCGGUUCCCACUUUCUUUCCAGGCUCUACCCGCCGUUCUUCUCGUCUGUGGUGUGUGGUUUCUCCCAGAGUCCCCCCGCUGGUUAAUUGAACACAACAAGGAAGCGGCUGGCCGGGCAGUCCUGACCCAUCUCCACCUGAAUUCCAAUGCGUCGAAUCAGGAAAUGGUCGAUCAAGAGCUUUCCCAGAUUCACGAAAGCGUCAUGUAUGAGAAACGGCUUGCCGUUCGCUCCUGGCGGCAGCUUCUCUUCUCUCACCAAUGGCGGUACCGCAUCCUUCUCGCCUGCGGUCUACAAGCCAUGACCCAGUGCUCGGGAGUAAAUGUCAUCCAGAAUUACGGUCCUCGUCUUUACAAGACCCUGGGAUUCUCCACCUCCACUUCCCUGAUGAUUAUCGGCAUAUCCGGUGCGCUGGCGCAGCUUUGGAAUACCAUCUUCAUGGCCUUCAUCGACAAGGUCGGCCGGCGCAAGUUACUGAUCCCUUCCUUGCUGGGCAUGGGAGCUGCCAUGUGUGUGGAAGCCACCUUGGCACGAUACGUUGACUUUGGAGACGCCAACUCCAACCAAGACGCACUGCGCGCGGCGAUCGCCAUGUUCUUCGUCUUCUCAGUCUUCUUCACGGCUCUGGGGAUGAUCUCGUGGAUCUAUCAAUCGGAGAUUUUCCCAACUGCGAUUCGCGCGCGAGGAUCUUCCAUUGCCACCGCGACGAAUUGGAGUCUGAACCUGGUCUUUGCCCAGUGUUCGCCCAUCGCACUCACCAGCAUGGGAUCAAAGUACUUUUAUGUUUUCGUCGCAUUCAAUUGGGCGGCCGUCGUCAUUGUGUGGUACUGGUACCCCGAGACUGUCGGCAAGACUCUCGAAGAAGUUGAGCAGGUCUUUUUGGACCCAUCUCAAGUGCAAGAGCCCACCGACUCGCCCAGCUCAACAACUGCCAAUCUUCCAAAAUCUGACAGGGACUGGACGCCACCACAAUCACAUCACGAGGCUGUGCAUCCACUAGCAAUGCACCCCGUGAAAAGUGAUCGUUGGGGCCGCGGGAGUAGACCUUCGGCCGAAAUCUGGGAUCAUAAGACGGGGGAGAUCGCCUAG